AACAAUAAGAAGUGUAGAGUGUACAUAAAAAUUCAAGAGUUCUAGUCCUCCUAGUCUGUGAUGACUGAUGGAGUGCUGUUAGAUCUUUUAACUCUUACCAUUUUAUAUUUUUAAAUAAUUUUUGCAAUCUUAUUAAGAACAGUGCAGAAUAUUGUGCGAUACUAAGUUGCUAACAAUGUCUUAUUCAAAUAAGUAUACAUUAGCGGCGCUCCCUAGAACUCAGCGAGGCACACCACUGGUACUUGGAGGGGAUCCCAAAGGAACUAAUUUCUUGUAUAGUAACGGGAAUUCUGUAAUAAUUCGCAAUAUAGAAAACCCGGCGAUUGCAGAUGUGUAUACCGAGCACUCUUGCCAAGUCAAUGUUGCUAAAUACUCUCCGAGUGGAUUCUAUAUAGCUUCCGGAGACGUAUCCGGCAAAAUUCGUAUUUGGGAUACAGUAAACAAGGAGCAUAUCCUAAAGAAUGAGUUUCAACCAAUUGGAGGUCCCAUCAAGGACAUCGCUUGGAGCUCAGACAACCAGAGGAUGGUUGCCGUUGGCGAGGGUAGAGAGAGAUUCGGUCACGUGUUUAUGGCGGAAACGGGGACAUCGGUAGGUGAGAUCAGCGGCCAAUCAAAAGCCAUCAAUUCGGUCGACUUCCGGCCAGCUCGGCCCUUCCGCAUUGUUACGGCUUCCGAGGACAACACUCUGGGUGUAUUUGAAGGGCCGCCUUUCAAGUUCAGAUGUACAAAACAGGAACACACUCGUUUCGCCCAAGCAGUGCGGUACAGUCCUGAUGGAAAACUGUUUGCCUCAGCUGGCUUUGAUGGCAAGAUCUUCCUCUUUGAUGGACAGACUUCGGAGCUAAAGGGUGAAAUUGGCUCCCCAGCCCACAAGGGUGGUGUAUAUGGAAUAUCCUGGUCUCCUGAUGGUAAGCAGCUGUUAUCCUGCUCUGGAGAUAAGACUUGUGCUAUCUGGGAUGUGGACACCAUGCAAAGGGCUGUUCUCUUCCCCAUGGGCACUGCUGUUGAGAAUCAACAGGUAUCUUGUCUAUGGCAAGGAAAGCAUCUCCUAACUGUCUCCCUCUCUGGGGACAUCAGUUACCUGGACAUUGAGAACCCCGAGACUCCCCUCCGAGUCAUAACAGGGCAUAACAAGCCAAUAACCUGUCUCUGCUUGUCUUUGGACCGCAAGAGGCUGUAUACAGCUAGUCACGAUGGAGCAGUCUCUCAUUGGGAUGUUAGCAAUGGUGUAGGCGGUAAGGUGCGAGGUACCGGCCACGGUAACCAAGUGAAUGGAAUGCGUAUGACGAAUAACGGGGCGUUAUUGACUUGUGGAAUCGAUGAUACGCUGCGUAGGAUUGACGUGCAGGCGGAAGGGGAUUCGCCGUCAUACUCCGACCAAGCAGUGACUCUUGGAGCGCAGCCACGUGCUUUGGAUCAAUUAUUGGACGAUGAUAUAACUAUCGUUGCUACUGUCAAGGAGCUUAUUGUCCUGUCGGGUGGUACAAAGAAAUCGACCGUGCCGAUAAAAUACGAGCCGUCAUGCGUUACAAUCAACCAUCAGACUAAGCAUGUAGCAGUUGGAGGUGAUGAUAGCAAAGUGCAUAUCUACGCUCUGGAGGGAACGAAUUUGUCUCCCAAGACUGAGCUAGUACACCUCGGUGCUGUGAGUGACGCUCGCUAUAGCCCUGACUGCAAGUACCUCGUCGCCUGCGAUGCUAACCGGAAGCUUAUCUUGUAUGAUGAGGAAUAUAAGUUGGCUCAUAAUAAAGAAUGGGGUUUCCAUACGGCCCGUGUCAACUGUGUUUCUUGGAGUCCUGAUAGCUCCAGGGUCGUGUCUGGUUCUUUGGACACUAGUCUUAUUGUAUGGAGCCUCGCGCAACCGAACAAACACUUAACUAUUAAGAAUGCGCAUCCGCAGAGUCAAAUAACAGGCGCGGUUUGGAUUGAUAAUGAGACGAUAGCGUCGGUGGGACAGGAUGCAAACACACGCAUUUGGACCGUACCUAGCGCUUAGUUUUAUAAUGCCACAACGAUAUAUGGUGCGGUUGGUAAAACCAAUGCAUGUUGAUUGUACCGCAACCGGGCCAGAUAAGUAUUUGGCGUCAAUUGUAAGACAGUUAAAAUACUGUAAAACAACGUACAGAGAUGGACUUUGGGAGCCCCAUGCUUGCAUUGAGGGGCCCUGUUAUAUAUCAGUUCUAUCGAGUCCAUUUUUGGAAAUAUUUUUAAGCUUAAUAUUUUUGGUACUUGAACAGAAAAUGGUAAGCAUAUUUAGUGAACUUGCCACAUUUGUUUUCGAAGUAAAUAUUUAAUAUUACGAACAGUACUAAGAUUAUUAAUUUGUAUGUAUUUAUAACAAAGAGUUCUAUCCUUAAAAUAACAAUCGUAUUUAUUUAGCUUCUAAGAUUUUAUAGGAAUACUCUGAAUUGCAUUUCUAAUGAAAUUAUAUUUAUUGCGUUUAUACUUAGAUCUCAAAGAUUACCGGUAACUUAAAAUUACGUUAAAACCUCAUUCAAAUAUUUUUCUUUGCACAAUACUACACGGAACAAUUCUAAAGGAUUAUGACGGAAAUUAAAUUUAUAAGUUACCAGUAGUCUCUUCUACAUAAUAUUGUGGAACUUCAACUAAUCGUGUGGAACGCAUUUUACGCUUUUUUAACUGAUUGCGUUUACAAAAAGUGAACAGUAUUUUUAUACUAGCUAAUUUUCUACAGACUGUCAUUUUGAUGCGUUUUUCUACUAAUGUAAGGCAGAAAUAAAUUGUGUACACUUGUA